AUGCUGUUAUAUUACUUGGCGGCAAUAUUCAAAGGUCUUCAUCCGCGUGUUGACGAUGAUUUCGUUGAUAAAUUAAAUUACCAUUACACUUCGGCUAUCAUUUUUGCUUUUGCUAUUAUUGUUUCGGCGAAGCAAUAUGUCGGUUAUCCGAUUCAAUGCUGGGUACCGCCGCAGUUUACCGAUGCGUGGGAACAGUACACAGAAAAUUAUUGUUGGGUUGAAAGUACAUACUUUUUGCCAUUAACUACAGCACUUCCAAAAGACGACGGAAUAAGGCCGAAGCAACUCAGUUACUAUCAAUGGGUGCCAUUUGUUUUGGCACUUGAAGCUUUAAUGUUCUACAUUCCAUGUAUGCUGUGGCGAGGUCUAUUACACUGGCAUUCCGGUAUUGAUGUGCAAAGUUUGACGCAAAUGGCAUGCGAUGCGCGGAUGAUGGAUGCUGAUGCUCGAGGUGCUACUGUGCAAACCAUUGCCGGACACAUGGAAGAUGCAUUGGAGAUACAGCGCGAGAUUACAGACAUAUCAGGAUUUUGCGUAGGCCGACGGUGGAGUUCAUAUGUGACUUGUCUGUAUAUUUUUAUAAAAACUUUAUAUUUCGCAAAUGCUGUUGGUCAGAUUGCUUUGCUGAAUUGGUUUUUGGGAACCGAAAAUGUUUUUUAUGGUAUUGCAAUACUACAGCAGUUGUUACAGAAACAAACGUGGAGGACGACGGAACACUUUCCCCGGGUAACAAUGUGUGAUUUUGAGGUUCGAGUACUGGGGAACAUUCAUCAGCAUACCGUACAAUGUGUUCUUAUGAUAAAUAUGUUUAAUGAAAAGAUUUUCAUAUUUCUGUGGUUUUGGUAUUUAUUUGUGGCAAUAUUUAGUGCCUUUUCAUUAUUUCACUGGAUACUCUUAUCAUUUCUACCUGGUCAGCAUAUGCGAUUCAUUCGGAAAUAUUUAAAAGCUACUGAUUUGGCAACCGAUCGACAGUCGGUGAAAAAAUUUGUACACAAAUUCUUGGGCUAUGAUGGCGUAUUUUGUAUGCGAAUGAUCAGUGCACAUGCCGGCGAUAUAAUUGCUACCGAGCUAAUUGUCGCUCUAUGGCAUGAUUUCAAUGAUAGAGUUCGGAAAAGCCCCAUAGAGAUGUUCGAAGGUGGCAUCAGUCAAAGUACCAGUAAACUGGAUGCGACAUUUAAAAGUUGGCUUCUAGGACAGAACAGGUUAAAUUUUUGGUCAUAUUUUUGCUUUUAUUACAGCGUGAUACCUGUCCUUAUCACUUCUUUCCUAAACUAA